AAAAGUUCCGUAUCCCGACGGGCGCCAUUCUCAAACUAUAUGCAGACCGUUUUCGGUCCGAAUAUUGUGGACUUGCUUAUAACUUUUAAAAGUUCCGUCUCCCAACCGGCGCCAUUCUCAAACUAUAUCCAGACCGUUUUCGGUCUGAAUAUUUUGGACUUGCUUGUAACUUUUAAAAGUUUCGUCUCCCAACCGGCGCCAUUCUGAAACUAUAUCCAGACCGUUUUCGGUCCGAAUAUUUUGAACUUGCUUGUAACUUUUAAAAGUUCCGUCUCCCAACAGGCGUCAUUCUAUAAAUAUAUCCAGACCAUUUUCGGUCCGAAAAUAUCUUUGAAGAAAAAAAAAAUAAAAACAGUAAAAAAUAAAGAAAACAGAUUUAUUUUAUUUAAUAAUU